UGGAGAAAAAAAGAGCAGGAAUGGUAUUUAUGCAACAACAGUUCAUUACAGGACACAGAGCACCCUGGACAGAAGUAUAGUAACUUUUUAAACCAGAAAGAAACUUCCAAAGCUAGUUUUCCAAAGAAAAAUGGGCACCAACAGCAAAACUAUUAAAUGCAAAGCAGCCGUUGCCUGGGAAGCAGGCAAGCCCCUUAGCAUUGAAGAGGUUGAGGUAGCUCCCCCUAAGGCUCAUGAAGUUCGCAUUCAGAUAAUUGCCACUGCCCUAUGUCAUACUGAUGCUCACGUCAUCAAUCCGAAAUUUAAGGAGGUACUUUUCCCAGUGAUCCCUGGCCAUGAGGGUGCAGGAAUUGUGGAAAGUGUUGGACCAGGAGUGACUGCCUUCAAACCAGGUGACAAAAUAAUUCCACUCUAUACUCCUCAAUGUAAAAAAUGCAAGUUCUGUCUGAGUCCACUCACGAAUCUUUGUCAAAAACUCAGUCGAGUCAAAAAUCCUAUUAUUGACCAAGAACUAAUGGAAGACAAAACCAGCAGGUUUACCUGCAAAGGAAAACCAGUUUACCAUUUCAUGGGGACCAGUACCUUCUCUCAGUAUACUGUAGUGUCAGAUAUUAAUCUUGCCAAAGUAGAUGAUGAUGCUAAUUUAAAGAAAAUUUGUCUGAUUGGAUGUGGAUUUUCAACUGGCUAUGGAGCUGCAAUCAACACUGCGAAGGUCACCCCUGGUUCAACUUGUGCCAUCUUUGGCCUAGGAGGCGUUGGUCUUUCUGCUCUAAUUGGUUGUAAAGUAGCAGGAGCUUCCAGAAUCAUAGCUAUUGACAUCAAUAGUGAAAAGUUUACUAGGGCCAAAGCCCUUGGAGCCACUGACUGCCUCAAUCCUAGAGACCUAGAUAAACCCAUCCAGGCGGUCAUCAUUGAAAUGACCAAUGGAGGUGUGGAUUUUGCCCUUGACUGUGCAGGUGGAUCUGAAACUAUGAAAGCAGCCCUGGACUGCACAAUAGCAGGUGGGGGAUCAUGUACUCUCAUUGGUGUAGCCAUUGGUGACAAAGGAUUGACUAUUUCUCCAGUGGAGCUAAUAAUGGGCCGUACUAUAAAUGGAACAUUCUUUGGUGGUUGGAAAAGUAUUGAUUCUGUUCCAAAGCUGGUUACUGACUAUAAGAAUAAGAAAUUCAAUCUGGAUGCACUGAUAACUGAUACCCUUCCUUUUGACAAAAUCCAUGAGGCAUUUGACCUAAUGUACCAAGGAAAAAGUAUUCGAACAGUACUAACAUUUUGAAGACACCAGGAAUAAUCUGGAAUACUAUCUGACUAAAUCUGAACCUGCCUAGUUACUUUAUAACCUGAUGAACCAAGAGUCACCAUGACCAUGGAUAUACAUUGGGGAAAUAACAGCCUCUUCAACAGCUGGUAUUGGCAAAACUGGAGAGCUACAUGUAAGAGAAUGAAACUGGAUCACUGUCUAACCCUAUAAACAAAAGUAAACUCAAAAUUAAUC